AGGCAGACCCUUCAUCUACAAUUGCGAAACAUUAUUGGAUAAUUCUUAUAAUUGACAUUUCUCUGGGCCAAUCGGAAUCUUAGAACUUGAUUUUCUCUGGGCCAAUCGAAAUCUCAGCACUUGCUUCAGAAUCUUGAAGCACACAGCGCGCGCAAUCUGAGCUGCUAGACACUGGAUGAGACACCUCCGGCUACCGCGAGUCUGAUGGAAACCCGACGUGACCUUAACGACGAGAAGGAAUCUUAUGCUAAAUUCGAGGUAAGUCAAAAGCUUUUUGUAGCAAACAUAACAGCUAUUUGUUUGCUAUUUGAUUUUUUUUUAACCAUUUUAUAAUCUAUUCAGACGGUCUCCAAAUCAUUGAAUCUGAUUAACGUUAGACCAUUAGCAUCUCGCCAGCUAGCAUCACGCUUAAAAGUGACUAAGAUUUACUAACAGAAAAUGAAACGCUUUUAUAUGCUGAUUUGACAUUUUGGUGGUAUCGUUACUGACUGUCAGCAAUAGAAAAUAUUACAAGUAGAGAGAUUCUGAGUACAUAAAUCACCAAACUUAAGAAACUCAACAAAACUGAGAAAAUACCUUUCCACGAUAACUUCAACAAAGAUGCCAGGGACCAUUAUUUCGAUAAACUGUCAUCCAUUCAGAACAACGAGCUUACUAAGUUACAUUAAGUCGAACUGCUGCCUCCAACCUCAUAUUUGGUUAUAGUAAACAAUGUUAUUUAUGGUAGUGAACAAUUUAAACACUAUAAACCUGCUGAAGCCAAUGCUGGGUACAAGAUUUAUUUAGAUUUCGAUUUAACUGUUACUUUCUGUAUAUGUUUGCACUAGUUAGACAAGGCUAAAACUUGUUAUUUGCUAAUACUAACUUAAAUUACAUUGUUUAUUUACAUGUACAGUAUAUAAAAUGUACUGUACGGCUUACUUACAUGAUUGCAAGGAUGGUCAAGCAUUAAAAAGUAUUAGCAUAAGGCCUAUUCUACAUUAAAUAAAAUGUAUAAUAACAAUAAUAAUCAUUACAACAACAAUAAUGAUAAUAAUAUUAAUAAAUGUAUUAAAUAAAUAUAAAACGUAACUACACUCCAAUCCUGAUAUUGGUCAGCUCCAACGCCACUUCAAUACACUUCAAGCACACCAGAGAAACCUAAAAAAUCAUUCUAUGUGGUAAGGUUUGCAACCUCUUCUAUUAUGAGACUUAAAUUUGGCAUAUUUCUCGAAACACUGAUCAGUCCUUGUACCAAUGAGAUUGGCUAUUUUAUGCUGUGAUUUUUUUCCAUUUCAGAAUGAGGGAGCUUAAUGAGGAGGACUCAUUAUAUAUAGCACAGCUAGACUCAACAGGGAGGUGCAAGUGGAGCUGGGCAUGGCUCAAGGUGGAAGUGAAGCAGGAAGUGAAGGGAGUUGCGCAUACACUACCACUUUCAUUGUGUUUCAAAAAAGUAGAUAAGGCAGGACAUGCCAAAUGUACCCUAUGUACAAAAGAGAUCAACUAUGCUAAGAAGGGGGUGCAUGCCCUAACAUCCCACUUUGACACAGCCAAACACAAAGAGAAAGUGUUCAGCGUUUUGACAAACAGGGCUAUUUGUAGUCCCGCUGAAAAUGCCGUUCCUGAGACUCAGGGACCAGAAGCAAUAAGAGAGAGGGAGAGAGGGAAAUUGCCUGUGUCCAUGUUUCAGCGUAUUGCAAAUGCAGAGGUUUAGUACCUAGCUACUAUUUAUACAGAAAAUUGAAUGAAUUGUUUAUUUUAAUUUACAUUAUGAACACUAGCACUUUGAGAUUGUUUUUUCAAUGUAAAGAGCACUACAUAUAUAAUGCAUUAUUAUUAUUAUUAUUAUUAUUAUUGAAUAGAAAUGUAUUUUGAUAUUCAUUGCAUAUCAGCCAUACAAUAUGGAGACACACUGUUUUAUCAUAGUAGAACUAUGUAGGAUAGUUUGCAAGGUUACAUUGUAAUUUUCUUUGCUUUGAGGCAAUGGUUCUGGGCACUUUGGCAGAGCACUCACUGCCAUUCACAAUGGCUCCUGUCAUCGUCGAGCUUGUGCAGACGCUGGCCAAGGACAAAGUUGCACUUAGUGGUAUGAAGCUGUCCCGAACAUCAGCAAAGUACAAAAUGGUUCAUGGCCUGGGGAAGACAUUCUCUGACCGCAUCCUUAGCAACACUGGGAAGUUACCAUUCUCCCUCAAUCUUGAUGAGGCCACCUCAAGUAGUGACAAAAAGGUGCUUUCUAUUUUGGUGAGCUAUUAUAACCCAGAGAGGAAGGCUGUUGAUGUGGAGCACCUUGGGUCCUUUGAAAUAGUUAAGGUCACUGCAGCAAUCUUGGAGAAUGUCCUGGACAAGUUUUUCACAGACAAUGAUAUCCCGUGGUCCAACUUGGUGAGCAUAAUGAUGGAUUCCUGUGCAGUUAUGCGAGGCAGCAAGACGGGCCUGGAAACCAGAGUGCGACACAACCACUGCCCACAGCUUCUAGAUAUUGACGGGGACUCGUGCCAUCACAUUCAUAAUGCAUCAAAAAGAUUUUACAGUCCUUUCAACAGUCACCUUGAACAGCUCUUCAGUGACCUUCAUGUUGAUCACAAGUGGGCUUCUGACCAGCGGGCUUACCUUCAAGAGAUCUGUGAAUACAUGAGCAUUCCUGGAUCAACUCCAAAAAGAUUCAUAGAGCAUCGUUGGCUGUCAUGUUAUGAUGUUGGACUCAGCACUCAGACCAUGCUUCCCGCUUACAAGGUCCUGUACUUUGGAUUCAUGGAUGAAGAAGACAAGGCUCUAUACAAAGAACCCUUGGAACAACUCUAUGCUGCUCACCAUCUGAAUGAAAAGGCCAAGAGGCGCAUUCAGUCUUUUCACAAGGACCUCAGCGGGAAAGGAAUGACACUGCAGGGCAGAGACCGAAAGCAGCGGGUGGUCAAGAAACUGUGGCAUGAAGACACCAAAACAGAGCUCCAUCUCAGUGUCUACACAGGUGUCCUGGCUAUUCUGAAAGAGUACGUCAUGGUGUUCCAGAGUCGUGACACCCUUGUGCACAAGUUGCAUGACAAGCAGCUGCAGGUUUUCACCAACUUUCUUGCAUGCUUUGUGAAGCCAGAACACCUGCCACCAAUCCCUAGGACCCUGGCAGGUCUCAAACUCAAGGGAGACAAACUGCUGCCUGCAAGAGACAUGUAUGUGGGUCGAGUGGCAGAUAGAUUCAGACGGGAGCAUCCUCAACACCAUCUGCUGAAGCCCUUCCUGGACCAAGUACUCCAGGGAUACAUCACAUGUGGGGAAUACCUGCAGAGCAAGCUGCCACUGGAGAGCAUGACCCUGCAGUGCCUGUCUGCCUGCUGA